CCACUGUGGGCCUAGAUACUUCUGAUCUCUUAAAACCAUGAGACCGCUCUAUGUUCUGCUGCUUAUUGGAGCUGCUGCGGCAGUUCCCCACUAUGAUGGAAGGAUCAUCGGUGGGCAGGAGUGUGAGCCGCACUCUCGUCCUUACAUGGCGUCCCUUAACUAUGGGUACCACUUCUGUGGAGGAGUGCUCAUCAGUACUCAGUGGGUGCUCUCUGUCGCACACUGCUGGUACAAUCCAUAUUCGAUGCAGAUCUUCCUGGGAGAACAUGAUGUACGUGUAUUUGAGGGAACAGAGCAACUCAUGAAGACUGACACCAUCAUCUGGCACCCAAACUAUGACUACCAGACUCUGGACUAUGACAUCAUGCUGAUCAAGCUCUUCCAUCCAGUGGAGGUGAUUGAGGCAGUUGCACCCAUCUCACUACCCACCGGCUGUCCAAUGGGAGGCCUCCCCUGCUCCGUGUCUGGAUGGGGGAACACUGCUAAAGAUGGUGAAGAAGUAAACAUGCCCACCCGUCUGCAGUGUUUGGAUGUACCCAUAGUGGAUGAUGAGGACUGUGAAAACGCCUAUCCAGGCAUGAUCACGCGCAGGAUGGUGUGUGCUGGUUACAUGGAUGGAGGCAGAGACGCAUGCAAUGGUGACUCUGGCAGCCCUCUGGUGUGUGUUGGAGAAGUGCACGGCCUGGUGUCAUGGGGUCAAGGCUGCGCUCAGCCCAACUACCCUGGAGUUUAUGUUAAAGUAUGCGAGUUCCUCUACUGGAUUGAAGACACUCUUGCAGCCAAUCCUUAAAAAUAUAUAUAAAUUCUUCUCUCCUCCAAACCGAGUUCAUUGACCUUAUUUUCACAAUUUAUGGGUUAUUCUACUUUCUCUAACUUUUCCUUGUUCUUCUCUUUCAGGUCUCUGAACUCACUUGAGUUUUUUCUAUAUGAUUUCACACACUUUCUCACAUAUUUUAAAGACAAUACAUAUUAGGGUUUAAAACACUUUUUCCAACAGGAAGUAAAUACUAAUAAGUCUGAAACAGCUCGAGUGAAACUCAAGCACACGGGG